AUGUCCAAUCCAGCAUCGACACUUGCGCCGUCCCCUGUCGCCGCUCCACACUUAUCCAACGAACGCUCCAAGGAAGAACUCGAACUCGCCGAACGCUUGAUCGAACACUCACAAGGCAUCCAACAUGGUCCUCCUAUAGCCGAUCGCCGCACCACUCCGUCAACAGCAGACGGCGGAAGCAGAAGCGGUGGAGAUGUCGAGCGGUUAUCCGACGACGGCGGCAGCGAGACGAGUCUCUCGGCGCAACAGCAACAGCUCACUCCACAACACUCGCAUAACCAGCAACAGCAAAACCUACAAUUACCAUCCAUACACGAACUCACAUGGGUCAAACAGAGGAAGCCCUUCAACACAGGCAUGGGCGGAGCAGGCCAAGUGUGCAGCAAUUGCGGUACAACGAGAACACCACUAUGGCGACGCUCUCCAGCUGGCGACACGAUAUGCAACGCCUGCGGACUAUACCUCAAGGCCCGCAACCAGAUGCGACCUGUCAACCUUAAACGCGGAGCUCAAGCAUCACCCGCAGGACAACCGCAGCAACAAGAGCAGCAGACGACAGCCUCGGGCAACAGAAAGAGUUCAUCGCCGUCAGCAUCAGCAAAGCAGCUUGGAGGAGCAACAUAUGUCACCGACACGACAUCGAACGGCACAUGCCCUGGCGGAGGUCGCUGCAACGGCACUGGAGGUCACGAUGGAUGCAACGGGUGUCCGGCAUACAACAACCGAGUCAGCAAGACGGCGCAGAUUGCUCUGGCGCAAGCAAACGACAGUCGGGCACAGGGUCAACACGGCGCCAGUCAGAGCCCGUACCCGCACGCGCGAAACAGUCCGGGGCCAAGCCAAGCGCCGGCGGCCAAUGUCACGGUGGCCUGUCAGAAUUGUGGUACGACAAUUACGCCAUUGUGGAGACGAGACGACAACGGACACACAAUCUGCAAUGCUUGCGGUAUGUUUGCGACAACAUCUUAUCUUAUCUCGAUCAGUUCUGAUUCAAUCUCUCANGGUCUCUACUACAAGCUCCACGGCGUGCACCGCCCUUCAGGCAUGAAGAAAUCAGAGAUCAAGCGUCGCCGCAGAGUCAUGCCCGCUACCAGCGACCAGCACCUUGCUCCCUUCUCCGUCAACAAUACCCAACCCAUCUCACCCCCUCCAGAGCCCGCACCGCAGCGAUCCGUACCUCCCUUCUACCCUCAGCAGCAACAACCACAACACCAGCACCCCGAACAUUCGCACUCUCACCACCUUCCUCCACCUGCUUCUUUCGAGCCCACUCGCCUUCCCCGCGCGCCCAUCGCUGUCGACUUUACACAUUUCGGCAAGCCGUCGCGCCCGACAUCGGCCGAACAGCCCGAAUAUGCCCAGCCUUUAAAUCCACCAGCUUCGCGCAAACGCUCCUUUUCGAUUAGCAAUGCUUCAGACCAAGCGCGACAGCCUCCCUCGCCAGCAUACCCUCAUAGCGAUCGUAGUCAACGAAGCGAAGCCGAAAACAUAGAUCCUUCUCUCUCUUCAGCACCUCCCGGUCCAGGGUCUAUCAGUUCGGCUCAAGACUAUAAAGCACCGCUAGCCGUCAUGGGCGCUGGAGACUCGUUCCAAUCUGGUCAAUCGUCGCGACAAGAGAAGAGAGCGCGACUGGAACAAGAAAUGGCGAUGAUGAGGGAAGCGCUUUUGGCCAAAGAAAGAGAGAUGGCUGAACUGGGCGAGUGA